AUGGGGGGGCAGGUAGCUGACCAGGUGGGCAGGGUUGGGGGCGGGGCAGUAGAGCCGCGGGGGCGGGGCUGGCUGCGACGGCCAAUGGCAGCUGUAGUAGUGGGCGGAGUGAUGGUGAGGGGGCGGAGCCUCAUAGGUCAGGUGUACCACAGGGGCGGAGUCUGCAUACACAGGGGCAGAGCCAGAGUGAGAGCAGAGAGGGAGGAGGAGAGAGGGAGGAGGAGAGAGGGAGGAGCAGAGAGGGAGGGGAGAGAGGGAGGAGAGAGGGAGGAGAGGGGAGGAGCAGAGAGGGAGGAGGAGAGAGGGAGGAGGAGAGAGGGAGGAGCAGAGGGAGGAAGAGAGGAGAGAGGAGAGGAGCGAGGGAGGAGGAGAGGGAGGAGAGAGGGAGGAGGAGAGAGGGAGGAGCAGAGAGGGAGGAGGAGAGAGGAGGAGCAGAGAGGGAGGAGGAGAGAGCGGGAGGAGCAGAGAGGAGGAGGAGAGAGGGAGGAGGAGAGAGGGAGGAGCAGAGAGGGAGGUAGGAGAGGGAGGAGCAGAGAGAGGAGGAGGAGAGAGGACAGAGAGGGAGGAGGAGAGAGGAGGAGGAGAGGAGGGAGGAGCAGAGAAGGGAGGAGCAGAGAGGGAGGAGGAGAGGGAGGAGCAGAGAGGGAGGAGGGAGAGAGGAGGAGCAGAGAGGGAGGAGGAGAGAGGGAGAGCAGAGAGGGAGGAGGAGAGAGGGAGGAGCAGAGAGGGAGGAGCAGAGAGGGAGGAGCAGAGAGGGUGAGGAGCAGAGAGGGAGGAGCAGAGAGGGAGGAGCAGAGAGGGAGGAGCAGAGAGGGAGGAGGAGAGAGGGAGGAGCAGAGAGGGAGGAGGAGAGGGAGGAGGAGAGAGGGAGGAGGAGAGAGGGAGGAGGAGAGAGGAGGAGGAGAGAGGGAGGAGCAGAGAGGGAGGAGGAGAGAGGGAGGAGGAGAGAGGGAGGAGGAGCAGAGGGGAGGAGGAGAGAGGGAGGAGCAGAGAGGGAGGAGCAGAGAGAGGAGCAGAGGAGGGAGGGAGGAGAGAGGGAGGAGGAGAGAGGGAGGAGCAGAGAGGGAGGAGCAGAGAGGGAGGAGCAGAGAGGAGGAGCAGAGAGGAGGAGGAGAAGAGAGGGAGGAGGAAGAGAGGAGAGAGAGAGGAGAGGAGGAGCAGAGGGAGGAGCAGAGAGGGAGGAGGAGAGAGGGAGGAGCAGAGAGGGAGGAGGAGAGGGAGGAGCAGAGAGGGAGGAGCAGAGAGGAGGAGCAGAGAGGGAGGAGCAGAGAGGGAGGAGGAGAGAGGGAGGAGCAGAGAGGGAGGAGCAGAGAGAGGAGGAGCAGAGAGGGAGGAGGAGGAGAGGGAGGAGCAGAGAGGGAGGAGAGAGAGGGAGGAGCAGAGAGGGAGGAGGAGAGAGGGAGGAGCAGAGGAGGGAGGAGCAGAGAGGGAGGAGCAGAGAGGGAGGAGCAGAGAGGGAGGAGGAGAGAGGGAGGAGCAGAGAGGGAGGAGAGAGGGAGGAGCAGAGAGGAGGAGGAGCAGAGAGAGAGAGGAGGAGAGAGGGAGGAGCAAGAGAGGAGCAGAGAGAGGAGCAGAGAGGGGGAGGAGCAGAGAGAGGAGGAGCAGAGAGGGAGGAGAGAGAGGGGAGGAGAGGAGAGGAGCAGAGAUGGGGAGGAGAGAGGGAGGAGCAGAGAGGGAGGAGGAGCAGAGAGGGAGGAGCAGAGAGGGAGGAGCAGAGAGGAGAGGAGGAGAGAGGGGAGCGAGAGAGAGAGAGGAGGAGAGAGGGAGGAGGAGAGAGGGAGGAGCAGAGAGGGAGGAGCCGAGAGGGAGGAGCCGAGAGGGAGGAGCCGAGAGGGAGGAGCAGAGAGGGAGGAGGAGAGAGGGAGGAGGAGAGAGGGAGGAGAGAGAGGAGCAGAGAGGGAGGAGGAGAGAGAGGAGCAGAGAGGGAGGAGAGAGGGAGGAGGAGAGAGGGAGCAGCAUAGAGGGAGGAGCCGAGAGGGAGGAGCAGAGAGGGAGGAGGAGAGAGGGAGGAGCAGAGAGGGAGGAGCAGAGAGGGAGAGAGGAGGAGAGAGGGAGGAGCAGAGAGGGAGGAGCAGAGAGGGAGGAGCAGAGAGGGAGGAGCAGAGAGGGAGGAGCAGAGAGGGAGGAGCAGAGAGAGGGGAGCAGAGAGAGAGGAGGAGAGAGGGAGGAGCAGAGAGGAGAGCAGAGAGGGAGGUGCAGAGAGUGUUGUGUGUUCUUACAGUGCACUUCCUGUUACUUUGGCUCUAA